UGAUAAGGCUGAAGAAGCGGGAGGAGAUGGGAAGGCGAAUGAAGUCGCCCGCACAGCCCUCUGGGAAAUAGAGUCCUGGCGCUGGCGCGGAGGAUCCUGGGUGCAGCCGCUCAGAGAAGCUUCUCGCGCGCAGGAAGUUGGUGCGAGUAGGCUCGUGUGCGAGGAGUUGAAACUCCCAGUCCCUCGAGGCUGGGGUUGCGUCUGUUGACGCGGCGGAUUACAAUCCCGAGGGAGACUCACACUGGGACUUGUCUUCCUCCUCCUGGACAUUUUGGGGGCUCGGCAGCAUGGACAGCGAGUCAGCCAUGGGCGGAAGGGAGACUUUCUCACAGCUCCCUUGUGCUUCCCACAGCCCUGCCAGCCGGGAACACGGAGGGGAAGGAGGAGGAGCUUAAAAGAGGCUACUGAAGCCCAGUUGGCCAUGACUGAGGAAUUUGUGACCCUCAAGGACGUCGGCAUGGACUUCACCUUGGAAGAUUGGGAGCAGCUCGGGCUGGAACAGGGGGACAUGUUCUGGGACACAGCAUUGGACAACUGCCAGGACCUCUUCCUGCUGGACCCCCCAAGACCCAACCUGACCUCCCACCCAGAUGGCGGCGAAGAUCUGGAGCCUCUGCCAGGAGGAAGCCCAGAAGCAGCGGGCCCUGAUGUGACUGAGACCAAGAACUCUCCUCUGGUGGAGGAUUUCUUGGAAGAAGGAUUCUCCCAGGAGAUUAUAGAGAUGUUAUCCAAGGAUGGCUUCUGGAACUCCAAUUUCGGAGAGGCCUGUGUAGAGGACACCUGGUUAGAUAGUUUGCUAGGCGAUCCAGAAAGUCUUCUGAGGUCUGAUGUUGCCACCAAUGGGGAAAGUCCCACGGAAUGCAAGAGUUAUGAAUUAAAGAGAGGCCUCAGUCCUGUGUCCACCCUUUCCACGGGAGAAGAUUCCAUGAUACAUAAUGUUUCUGAAAAGACCCUCACACCAGCUGAGUCUAAGGAAUAUAGGGGUGAGUUUGACUCCUACUCGGACCACAGCCAGCAGGAUUCUGUUCAGGAAGGGGAGAAACCAUAUAAAUGUAGUGAAUGUGGGAAAAGCAGUGGGAGUUACCAUCUUACCCAGCACUGGAUUACUCAUACUGGGGAGAAACCCACUGUCCAUCAAGAGUGUGAGCAAGGUUUCGACCAGAAUGCUUCCUUUUCUGUGUAUCCGAAAACUCACACGGGCUACAAAUCCUAUGUGUGUAAUGAAUAUGGGACAACUUUUAGUCAGAGUGCAUACCUGUGGCAUCAGAAAACUCACACUGGAGAAAAACCAUGUAAGAGUCAAUACAGUGACCACCCACCCAGUCAUGACACACAGCCUGGUGAGCAUCAGAAAACUCACACAGAUAGUAAGUCCUACAACUGUAAUGAAUGCGGCAAGGCUUUCACCCGGAUCUUGCAUCUUAUUCGGCACCAGAAGACCCACACUCGGAAACGCUAUGAAUGUUCCAAGUGCCAGGCGACCUUCAGCUUGAGAAAACACCUCAUCCAACAUCAGAAAACUCACACCGCAAAAACUACCUCUGAGUGUCGGGAGUGCGGGAAGACUUUUCGGCAGAGUUCGCUGCUCAUUGAGCACCAGGCUCUUCAUACGGGAGAGAAGCCUUAUAAGUGUAAUGAAUGUGGGAAAUCCUUCAGCCAUAACUCUACCCUAAAGAUCCAUCAGCGGGUUCACAGUGGAGAGAAGCCUUACAAAUGCAGUGAGUGUGGGAAGGCCUUCCACCGGCACACUCACCUUAAUGAACAUCGGCGAAUUCAUACGGGCUACAGACCCCACAAAUGUCAAGCAUGCAUCAAGAGUUUCAGCCGGCCCUCGCAUCUGAUGCGACAUCAGGCCAUUCACACUGCAGAAAGGCCCUAUCGCUGUGCUGAAUGCAAGGAGACUUUCAGCGAUAACAGUCACCUUGUGCAACACCAGAAAAUGCACACUCUCAAAACCCCGUAUGAAUGCCAGGAGUGUGGAGAACGCUUCAUUUGCAGCUCAACCCUGAAGUGCCACCAGAGUGUUCACACAAGAGAAAAACAAAGAUUUGUUGUGAGUGGGAAGAUCUUGGAUCAGAACCCAGAACAGAAAGAGAAGUGCUUUAAGUGUAACAAAUGUGAGAAAACCUUUAGCUGCAGCAAAUACCUAACUCAGCAUGAGAGGAUUCACACCAGUGGGGUGAAGCCCUUUGAGUGUGACCAGUGUGGGAGAGCCUUUGGCCAAAGUACUCAGCUCAUUCACCAUCAAAGAAUCCACUCUAGAGUGAGGCUGUAUAAAUGGGGUGAGCAAGGGAAAGCCAUCAGCAGUGCCUCCCUUCUCAAACUUCAGUCCUCCCACACAAAGGAGCACCCUUUUAAAUGUAACGAAUGCGGAAAGACCUUUAGCCAAAGUGCACACCUCUCAAAACAUCAGUUAAUUCAUGCUGGAGGGAAUCCCUUUAAAUGUAGUAAGUGUGACAGAGUCUUCACCCAGAGAAACUACCUUGUUCAGCAUGAGCGAACUCAUGCCAGAAAGAAGCCCUUGGUGUGUAAUGAAUGCGGGAAAACGUUCCGUCAGAGCUCGUGCCUUUCUAAGCAUCAGAGAAUUCACUCAGGUGAGAAGCCCUAUGUAUGUGACUACUGCGGGAAGGCCUUCGGCCUGAAUGCGGAGCUUGUCCGCCAUCAGAGAAUUCACACUGGAGAAAAGCCUUAUGUUUGUCAGGAGUGUGGGAAAGCCUUCACCCAGAGCUCAUGCCUUUCUAUUCACCGGAGAGUUCACACUGGGGAGAAGCCCUACAUAUGUGGUGAAUGUGGGAAAGCCUUUGCCCAGAAAGCAAAUCUAACACAGCACCAGCGAGUUCACACUGGGGAGAAGCCUUACUCCUGUAAUGUGUGUGGCAAAGCUUUUGGCCUCAGUGCCCAUCUCAACCAGCACCUGAGAGUUCACACCCAGGAGACACUUUAUCAGUGUCAACGUUGCCAGAAAGCCUUUCGGAGCCACUCGAGCCUCACCCGCCAUCAGCGUGUACACAACAAGCAGCAAUACUGGCUGUAGCCAUUGGGUGGCAGCAGAGUCCCAGAAUAUGAGACUUCAUGCGCUAUCGAAAGUUGGAAACCAUCCCAUUGCAAGUUUCUCUCCAAAUAAAUACAUCUAAAGAUUGAUUAGAAAGUUUGUGCACAUGUGUUUCAUUAUAACAGUGAAAACACAAAAAUGGAGAAGCUGUACGUCAGGAUACAGAGGUAGGCUCUGGAGCCAGUCUACCUGAGUUAAAUCCCACCUCUGCCAUCUACUACCUAAGUGACCUUGGGAAAGUCAGAAAAAUCUCUCAGGGCCUCGGUGUCCUCAUCUGUAAAAUGGGCAUCACCUACCUCAGAGGGCUUUUCUGAGGAUUAAAUACAUAAAUGUGAAGCACUUAGAACUGAUGGCCAGCACAUGAGGGCUCACCAAGUGUAAGCCACAAAUACAUAUCAGCCAUAGCACAAAUACACUCGUGUUACAAGAAAGGAAUUGGUAAUCUCUGUGUUUACUGUAGUUAAUAUUCUUAUAAUGUAUCGCUUUUAAUGUAAGUUUUCCUUUUUUAAAGUUUUUCUCCAGCACCUUACUCUUCUUAAAUGCCUGGCCUUUUUUUGUCCCUUUAUCUCUCUUUCGUGGUUUUUUUUCCUUAACCCCCAGAAAGCCAAAAAGAACAUGUAAACUCCUAACCUCAACUAGCUACAACCUUCCACUCCUAACCUCCCAAGCCUCUCACUCAGAGAGGACUCCCUAUCCCACAAACACAUGCUUCCUCUUCCCAUGACCUUCCUCUGUUUAACAGUGUUGGCUAUGCAGUAAGACACCCAAUUUGUCAUGGGAGUUGACACCAAAACACAGCUAGAUUCCUUCAGGAAAGCUGUGUUGAUCAAGGUGUUAACCGCAUAUGAAACAAAAUCCAUAUGGAAGACAUGCUUGGGGGUCAAACCUGUGGUGCGUGGAAGUGACCACUGGGAUGUCAUCAUUCACCAUUUAUCCAAGACAGCCGCUCACCAGGCAAUUUGCUAGGCUCGGGGGUGGGUAGUAUCAAUACACUAUGCACUGCUACUGCUCUGAAGCUUCUGGAAUCAGAGAAAUGAAUGAACUCAUUUUCACAGACGAUUGCUGUUAGUUGACAAGUGACAUCUUAAAAAUGCCCCAUUCCCUCAUGUCACAGGAAGUUCUGGGAUCACCAAGGAUUGUUGGAGAGUCCAGUGAGAUGGACCCACACAACCAGUUCCCUCCUGACAGUGUCUUGUCAGCUCUGGGUGUUUGUGCCCUACCACUAAGUGGCUCAGUCACACAUUUGCUGAAACACAGUAGUCUUAUGAAAAGCACUGGACACAUACUUUCAAUACCUUUCAGAUUUUAGGUGCUUAAAAUGGUUAGGGGGUAAGUGCUCUGUACCCUUGGGCUCUUCAAGUCUUGCACCUGGAGUUCUGCUGGUUAAGUUUGUUAAACUUAGUUGAAACUGGGAACCUGUUGGCUAACCAUUGGGCCCUUACGCUGUUUUUCAAAUGGCUGCAACAUUUAACUUCUUGCACAUGGUUCCUGUCCUCUGGAGCUCUGUCUUGUCUGGGAGAUGGGCAUGUUAUAUACCGAAAGAGUGGACAAAGUGUUGCAGGGCUGGAACACAAUGGGGACUUUGGAAAACUGGCAGCCAUUGGGGGUGGGGGACAGUCUAUAAAUCAGUCACCUGUGUUGCUGCAGGCCAGGGUAGAAAUGCCCUCCAUGUGUGCAUAUUUGUUGGUUCUCUGAUUAAAGUUUUGAAUCU